AUGCGUCGGCAGACUCCCAUAGCGCACCUGCUGCACAACCACCUAUUCCCUCACCCAUCACCAAACGACCCGCCCUCAUUCUCGGCGCACCUGGCUCGUAAUCUGGUGCCUGAAGUACGCAUUGAAGUAGCCACGUUCUACGGCGACCUAAAUAGUGCGGAGGCUCGCUAUCCGGGUCUCAAUUACUGCCAUCCUCCCCACCGCAUGCGGCUCGGCCGUUUCAAACAUCACAAACGCCUCUUCGAUGCCUUUGACGCACUGGGCCUGACAUAUGGGGAGAUUCAGGAUUUUUGCUGCUGGGAAGGAACAAAAUGGGCGAGAGAGCGUUACGAAAAGGAUGAGGGCGUCAAGGUUGUCGAUACCACGGGUGAUGAGAUUGGGCCGUUCGUCGACAAAAGGGACCGGGGAGAGGACCACCUCCGGAGACAUAGCAUUACCCGGAAGACCGACAUCUCGAUUGUCGUUGAACAUCAACCGCGAAUCGACGAAGACGCCGAGCAAAUGACAGAGGACCAUCACGAGAGCGACUCGGGACUCACAGAUGGCGAGCCCCAAGAUGAGGCUCGCGAGAUCACAGAAACUAUCAGCCACAGGCGCGACGAGCAGGAGAUCACUCAGAGCAUCAUUGCCGCCUGGGAACGAGGCCAGAGUCUCUCCCCAGAGGUCGAACAGUACCUCAAGGAGCAAUCGGAGCGUGGGGACUCGGAGCUGGCCGCCAGAUUGUUUGCACAGCAGCAAAGAUACGCUCCGGCCGAGAAUACAGCCGUGGUCGCCUCGCAGACCUCCCGUGCGGCAGCGUAG